AUGGUGUUCUUUAUUUCUGCUCUUUCAGUGAGAAGGGAAUCAUCUCUAAAGUAAAAGACAGCAUCUAAGGAGUGCAAAGUCCAUACAGUGGUCAUUUUGACAUCAUCCAAGAUGGCAAAGUAAUCCCUGUGUGCUCAGAGAACCAGAACUGCUUCUACACUGCUGUGGCACAGGCAACGACAUCUAACAGGACAGAGGAUGAGAUCAAGCGUGAAGCUGUGAAUCUACGAAACAAUGUUAAAGACCAGGUACUGUACACGUCUUCUUGUAGUUUAAUUAUUUUUUAAACAAACUUUUUAUGUCUUAAAUAUGUAAUUAUAAUCAAAUCCAUUGAAGGAACUAACUGUCCCUAAAAUAAAUAAUUAAAGAUGACAGAUUGCACCUUUGGAGUUAUUGAUACCUGUUAUGUCUUCCCACAGAUUAAAGGGAACCUUCAUGCUCAUAGUGAAAUGAUUCAAACCCAGAGGGCCUAUGAUGCACUUGAGAGAAAUCAUGGAAAAUAUGCUUUAGUUGGAGGGUUCAGGCCGAUAGCACAGAGGAGUGAUGAGGGGGAAUAUGAGGAUGAUAUCAGUCCCAUGAAGAGUAAUCGUUAUGGUUCCUCAUCCUCAUGGCUAACUGAGUAUGACAUAGACUAUAAGUACCACCUUGGAUUAGUUGGUCCUUACAAAAGGUAAUUUUGUAUAAUAUUCUUCGUGAAAAUACAGGCAUCAUUCAAAUUGAAUUAGUCAACCUGCAUUCAUGGUUUUUUAUACUUUCAUAUUUAUUUAUUUUACAAAUAUUGAUACAUAAAGCAUUGACAUACCAAUGGUGUAGAUGUGCUUAUACUUGAAUUAUACUUCCAUACUAAACCUUUCCUCUUCUAUCCCCUCAUAAGAGUAAAAAACACCAGACUGUUCUCUCAUGACAACAAAGGCCUUGUGGAGGCAGACCAUAUCCCACCAAAGGGUUCCCUGCAGCUGGUCAGAAACCAUACUCAGAUUAAAAAUCUCCAACAGAAGAAUCCAAAGCUUUAUGAUAUGAUAAACAGCAUUGGAUCAGACCAAAAUGGAGAGAACCUGCUCACCGUGCGGGCUCUCAAGCAGCAUCACAGGGCUGCACUGACCACUGGGACCAGUAAGGAGUGAAAACUGCAGGGGAAUUCUCUAUUAGUAUAGGUGCAAUCCAUAGCUUCACCUUCCCCUGUAAUAUACAACCGAGCUGAAAUAAAUACACAAAGAAACAAACCUACUUUGAUUUAAUUCAAGCAGGGUUCCUACCUGGACCUAUUCUUCUUAGAGUUUUGACUUGUAAAGAAGACCUUUCAUUUUGCUACAAUAUGAAAGGUUCCAUUCUUGUGCUAUACUAGGAAUGUAAUACUCUCUAUGCUGCUUCCCUGCUCUGAAUGUUCUCAAUCUCUAACAACACUGUGCUUGCCCUUCCAUCUCAUAGCAAGCUGCUGGUGGAUACACUUGUAAGCGGAGAUGUGGAGAAAUCUCUGAAGUUCCAAAACGACGCAGGUGAUUGUUCUGUCUGUUAUGUAGAAAAUACCUUUAGUGGUGUAUAAAACAGGUAUAUAUCAGUCAAAACAUUUUUCAAGAAUGUGUCUUUAAUCAUUUGAGUUUGCUUGCUUAUAUUAUCUUAGAAUGAUCUUACUUUGUUUGACAGUUUUCUCAUUGUCACAGAAUGUUGUAAUCCCUAAUCUGAAGAUGUACUGUAUGUUCUUAUUGUAGGAAAGCCCAGGGAUAUAUUGGCAUGUCUGCUGAAGGAACAGUGUCCUACUACAAAGCUGGCUUCAAUCAGAUGCUGAAUCACCACAAUGAAAAGGGGAUCAUCGACCAGAAUCAGCUGGAGAGGCUGAAGUCCUGGGUGGUCGAUGACAAGUACCUGGACCAGAAUACGCCAGAGUACAUCGACAUCCUUACAGACAUCAAAUAG